AAACCGAGACAACCGGAGACAGUAGCGCCACACUUUAUCCGUUUGUGCCGCCGGUAACGGUGUCGUGACCUCCACACUACCCAAGAGCACUCUUGAAAUCUUUUAAACUACUAGCAUUUCAUAUCGAUUUCAAAGUCCAGUUCAUAGUUUAUUUUCUAGUUUCUUUUGGGGUGUCAUCAUGCGUCUCCAGAUUAUCCUUUGCGUAAUGGCCCCGCUCAUUUGCCCAUAUCUGGUCGCUGAGGCGCGGAUAACCAGACGCUUCGCCAUCGGCUGCCCGGAGAAGUGCGACAAGUCGCAGUGCGCGCCGAUCCCCGCUGACUGCUUGGCCGGGGACGUGCUGGACCGCUGCGACUGCUGCCCGGUGUGCGCGUCCGGCGAGGGCGAGCAGUGCGGCGGCACCGGAGACCACGAGUGCGCCGAGGGGAUGGAGUGUGUUGUGACCGACGGCGUGGAGGUGUCCGCCACAGUCAGGCGGAGGGGCAAGGCCGGUGUGUGCGCGUGCACCAGCACCGAGCCCGUGUGCGGCAGCGACGGCGUCUCGUACCGGAACAUCUGCGAGCUGAAGCGCGUCAGCAACCGGGCGAUGAAACUGCAGCAGCCGCCGGUGAUUUUCAUCCAGAGAGGCGCCUGUGGGAAAGGUCAGCAGAACCCUGACAGUCUUCGUUACAAGUACAACUUCAUCGCUGACGUGGUGGAGAAGAUCGCACCUGCUGUUGUUCAUAUUGAACUGUACCGCAAGAUGAUAUUUUCUAAGCGGGAGGUGGCAGUAGCCAGCGGCUCAGGGUUUGUUGUGUCAGAGGACGGACUCAUUGUCACCAACGCCCACGUGGUGGCUAACAAGCAACGAGUAAAGGUGGAGCUGAAGAGCGGAGCCACAUUCGACGCCAAGAUCAAAGACGUGGAUGAGAAGGCCGACAUCGCUCUGAUCAAGAUCGAUGCACCGAUGAAGCUGCCGGUUUUGCUGCUCGGCCGGUCGGCGGACCUGCGUCCUGGCGAAUUCGUGGUCGCCAUAGGAAGCCCGUUCUCCCUGCAGAACACCGUCACCACCGGCAUAGUCAGCACCACCCAGAGGGGAGGCAAGGAGCUGGGCCUCCGCAACUCUGACAUGGACUACAUCCAGACAGACGCCAUCAUCAAUUAUGGCAACUCCGGAGGACCACUAGUCAAUCUGGAUGGAGAGGUGAUUGGCAUCAACACUCUGAAGGUCACAGCGGGAAUCUCCUUCGCCAUUCCCUCAGACAAGAUCAGACAAUUCCUGGCAGAGUCACACGACAGACAGGCCAAAGGUAAAACAUUCCAGAAGAAGAAAUACAUCGGCGUUAGAAUGAUGAGUCUCACUUCAACGCUGGCUAAGGAGCUGAAGGAGAGGCACUCAGACUUCCCAGAUGUCACCUCCGGGGCGUAUGUCAUGGAGGUCAUCAGCCGAACUCCAGCUGAAGC